AUGGCAGUAGUCGUAUACGGAAAAGCAAUCAAACACAACUUCCCGGUGCGGAUCGGGCUAGCCAAGACCAUAUUUGGGAUAGGCUACAGCACAGCUUCAAAGCUAAUGUCGAAAAUCGGCAUAUACCCCAACUGCAGAAUGAACCAGCUUACAGAGCCGCAGAUCAUGGAGCUUAAUAAGGAGAUCUCGCUUUUGACAGUAGAGGGCCAUCUCAAGCAGAAGAUCAAUAAUGAUAUCAAGUUGAAAAAGGAUAUAGGCUCUUAUGCUGGUUCGAGGCAUGCGUUGGGAUUCCCUGUGAGGGGCCAAGGUACACGGAACAACGCCAGUACUGCGCGUAAGCUUAAUAAAGUUGAGCGGUUCAAGCUUUAA